AUGGCGACCAGCAGCGCUCCCCCGUCUUUCGACGAAGAGACCGAUAUUCUCAUUGUGGGGAGCGGUGCAGCGGGACUGACGGCUGCAUUGAGAGCACAUUCUCACGGUUUACGAGCUGUCGUGGUUGAAAAGAACGAAGCCAUCGGCGGUACAUCAGCUUACUCGGGCGGCGCUGUAUGGUUCCCCGAUAAUCACUUAUCCCGGGCUGCCGGCGUGCGAGACAGCAAGGAGGAAGCCCUGAAAUACAUGGAAGCGAUUAUUGGGGACAACGCAGGGCCCGUUUCAUCUCGAGAACGGAAACUUGCUUUCAUUGACAACUCGCCUCGAGUGGUGAAGUUUCUGCAGGACGCUGGGUUUCGCUGGCGAGCAGUCAGCCGGGGUUGUCCUGAUUACUACCCAGAAGCACCAGGCGGCCGGAUGUAUGGCCGGACGCUGGAGCCUGAUAUCUUUGACCUUAACCAGCUGGGCUCUUGGAAGAAUCGUAUACGGAAACGCCCGGGUCCCUCUCUUGCACUAUUUACUACGGAAGCCAGCAGCGUCUUGAGACUGGGUGCUUCGUUGACGGACUUUGCUACUGCGCUACGAGUUAUACUGCGAGGGCGUCUUCUCGCCCUCCGAGGACAGGCUCCUGUUACAUUGGGACAGUCAAUGGUCGGCCAGCUGCUUUCACUCAACCAGAAAAUUGACACACCAAUCUGGCGCAGUUCUCCCCUAGUUAACCUGAUUUUAGACGGCUCCUCGGUCAUUGGAGCCACGGUCAAUCGCGACGGCCGCCAGUGGAGUAUCCGCGCUUCUCGUGGCGUCCUCCUCGCCGCAGGAGGGUUUUCCCACAACAAGGAGCUGAGAGAGAAAUGGGGUCCAUCCCCUGCUAGUAUCGAGUGGACCAGUGCACCCUCUGGAGACACUGGAGAUGCCAUUACCGCUGCCAUCGAUGCCGGCGCAGCCACAGCGCUUUUGGAAGAAGCCUGGUGGGGACCAACUAUGAUUGAUCCGAAUUCCGGAACGUAUGUGUUUUGCCUUACUGAACGAGCGCGGCCAUUCAGUAUCAUUGUCGAUUCUUCAGGAUCCCGUUUCAUGAACGAAGCCGAGCCGUACACGGAUGCUGGUCGACAUCAGUACGAACGAAACCAGAAAGUAAAAGCUAUCCCCGCUUGGCUUAUCGUUGACCAGAAUUUCCGCAAGCGAUAUGCUCUUGGAAGCCUGUUUCCACGGCAGACGGUCUCUCAGAGUGGAUUAAAGGCCGGCUAUAUAUACAAAGCAGACACCAUUCAAGGCCUAGCCCAGCAGAUUGAUGUCGACGUCCAAAAUUUACAAAGCUCAGUGAAUCGCUUCAACGGCAUGGCCAAAGCUGGUGUCGAUGAAGAUUUCCACCGUGGCGACUCUGCAUAUAAUAAUUACUAUGGAGAUCCUAAGAUUCGUCCUAAUCCAAACUUGGGACCCGUCGAGAAACCUCCCUUCUACGCAGUUCGCAUCUUCCCUGGUGACCUGGGUACGAAAGGAGGCUUGUUAACUGAUGAACACGCUAGGGUGCUAAGAGACGAAGAUGGCAAGCCGAUAGAACAGCUCUAUGCAGCCGGUAAUACCAGUGCAAGUGUCAUGGGGAAGACUUAUGCUGGUGCCGGUGCAACUAUCGCGCCGGCAAUAGCAUUCUCUUUUAUUGCAGUGGACCAUAUGGCUUCGUUGAAACGUACAUGA